UGAAAAUACUGUCGGACCAUUGAGUGAGUGAAGCUCGAAGCUACCUGUUCCGACGGUAAACGACUGACGUGAGUGUCCGAGUAUUGACUAACGGGAGCUGUGAAGAGCGGAGGAGCCAUGCCUUUCCUCCAUGGGUUUCGUAGGAUCAUCUAUGAGUAUCAGCCGCUGGUAGAUGCUGUCAUGUGUGUUGUUGGACUGGAGGAAGGAGAUGGAAGUCCCGAGGAGAGAGUCAGAGGCCCUGAGGAUGAGCCGGGUGUAUGCAGCUCUCUGGCCGAGCUUCUGGAGCGGGAGUCCCAGUCUGAAGUGUUUGUGGAGGGCAUCAGCUAUGCUCUGUUUAAGGUGGCAGAGCGGGGGCUGGUGAAUGCGGCUGAAAUCCUUCUACGCUAUGGAGCUGAUCUAAACUUUGAAGACCCUGUGUCUUAUUACAAUCCUCUGCAUAUAGCAGUUUUAAGGAACAGGCCAAACAUGGUGAGGCUGCUGGUCGGGCACGGAGCAGACAUCGAAAAGAGAGACAGGAUCCAUGAGAGCAGUCCUUUGGAUCUUGCCAGUGAGGAGUCUGAGAGGCUCUCCUGCCUGCUCACCCUGCUGGACCUGGGUGCUGAUGUGAAUGCAAGUGAUAAAAACGGUAAAACGCCUUUGCUCCAUGCCUUGGCUAGCAGCGAUGGACUCACUGUGCACAACACAGAGAACAUCCAGCUUCUACUUCAGAGAGGUGCUGACGUUAAUGCUGCUACUGUAGACUGUGAAACAGUCGAGUCAUCGUUGGUGUUUCUGGUUAAGGAGGCUCUUGAGGCCAGUGCAGAAGAUGCUGCUGAGAUCGGUAACUUUUGCUUGAAAACCACGCGGCUGCUGCUAGCUCACGGUGUGGACCCCAGCUGCUGUCUGAACGAGGAUGGCGAGCCCUCCCUGACACAGACGAGCCUGGAGCACUUUGACCUGCUCUACCCUCUGGCUGUGCUCUUAAUCCAGAGCGGAGCCUCUAUGGCUUGCACCUAUCAUGGCGACUCAUGCUGGUCAGGUUACAACCUCCUUUUCCAGCGGCUCCAAACAGCCCUGCAGCAGUGCCCUGAUCAGAGUCACGCCUCCGAGCUGCUGGAGCAAGCUGAGGUGUUGCUCGACUUGGCGCGAGUAGAUGACCCCAUGCUGAUUCAUCCUCUUGGGCCGGAGCUGCCUGUGCCCGCUGGGGACCCUCACCCCUAUGCUCAGGCUCUGGUAGACCUGCACAAACGCACAGUAGAGCGUGAAGCGAGCCCCCCUGCUCUGCGAUGCCUUUGUAGAGCAUUCAUAAGGAGCCACCUACAGCCUUGGCCCCUGGAAGACAGAGUCAAAGCCCUGCCAUUACCAGACAGACUGAAAGACUUUAUUCUUCCUGAGCACACAUAUACACCAAAGCCUGGCUGGGAAUGCUUCAAGCCCCAACAUAGCCAGCGCUGAUGAUACAAGCUACUGGUUGGGUUUCUACCUGAAAUCUAAAGUGAAAGACUGAGCAGGCCUGUAAUAAUUUGAAUACGUUGUCUGAGCAUUCGUCGAUAAGUGCUCCCUAACAAACCAUUGAGGCCUUUGUGUAAUUUUUAUUGUAAUCGUCUGUGCCAAAUUUACAGACAUGUGUGAUUGUUUACUGGAAGACGUUAAGUUAUCUGUGCAAAUUAAGUUUUCACUGCUAUGAUUAAACUGCUGUACAGUCCAGUGAGUCAUAUCAAUGUGGAAAGGGAGCUGCAAUACAAAAUAAAAUCCACCAGAUGGCAGUGUUGAUCUUGCAUCUCAACAGCAGCGCCGAUGUCAGGGUCAAAGAUUUAGUUAUUCACAGUGCAGCCUAUUUAAGUUGUUCCAGCGCAGUGGGCUCCAUCUAUAUUUUAUCUCCUCAACAUGAUGGUGGUGUAUUGUGGAAAUUGUGUAUCUUCUCGCUUAAUGUAAGGGUGGACCAAUAAAACAGCUAUGUGUCUCACAAAGUGUCCUGGUCGCCUGUUAUAUCCUGUCAUAUCAGUUCGACAUUAUUUUCUGUUUUUCCACAUGUUACUGUUUGUAAGUGACCAGGUAGUGGCAGUGCAGUGCUGAAUGUGACUCUCAACCUCACUGGCUACCUGUUUAUAGUAGAAUAAUUGCUUCAUAUUUACCUCAUGGUUGUGUUCAUACACCAAACAUCAGUUGAGCAAAUGCUAAAAUAAAGAAGCAGGAAUAAAAUGCUACAAAACAGCAGGAAGCCUGUAGAUGUUUUGACAUGGUUCCACUGUGACAUGAUGUAGCUGCAAUGGCUGCUGGCGUGGAAAGUUUUACCGAGCAUUCUUAAUGCUGAUGUUUAAAUUCAGAUGAAUUUAGAGCCCCUUUCCUCUUUUUCACAUGUACAAAACCCCACUCUGUACAUCCCGUCUUUGGAAAUAAACAAACAGUGCCUGGAAGAAACAUACUGCGAUGGUACGGGAACACCAAAGGGUACAUAUGUGUUUGCGUCCAUGCAUGUGUGUGUGUAUGUGUGUGUGUGUAUGUGUGUGUGUGUGUGUGUGUGUGACGAGCAAACUAAAUAGGACAUUGUGUUACACAACUAACCCCUUCCUGACAUUGCUGAAGCUGGAGUGGCUCCAAGGCUUGCAAGCGCUCCAGCUCCUCUUGGUUAUCUAGGUCACAGCCUCUGAGGAGAAGAGCCUCAGCAGCAGCAGCAGCAGCCCUGCAUGACACACGCUUCACUCUCCUGUCUGUCU